AAACGACACCGUUUAUUUCGCUUCAAAAUUCUUCUCUUCUGCGAAAAGAAAAAUUUCGUCCUUGUCAGAUUCUCAGUAAGCCUCGCGUCGCGUUAGGAUCAGAAGAAAAGGAUUGAAAUAUGGAGGAAUUAUUUGUUGCAAUUCUUUCUAUGCUUCUUCUUGUUGCUCUAAUUCCAUUAUAUUUAUGGAAGCGUCGUCAGGAUUCUCGAUCACCUGAUGAACAUCAAGAAGAGCUUCAGGUUCGGCAGAGGGAAAAUGUGGUGCGUGCCACUGGUGCUCGGCGGAUGCGUCGAAGACCAGCAGCUGGAGCUAGCUCAUCAAGAGCUGCAGAAGCAACCGUUGAAGAUGCUGUUGAUGAGAGUGAUGAUGAAGCUGUUGCAGGUCAACAUUAUGAGGCUGGAGCAUCAACAAAGAAAGAGAAGAAACGGCAAGAGCGAGAAGCACAAAGACAGGCUGAAGAAGCUGCACGUGAAUCAAGGCAGACCAAACAAGACCGCUAUGCAGAAAUGCGUAGGAGGAAGGACGAAGAGCGUGAGGCAAAAGAGCAUAUGCUGGAAGAAGAAGCCAAGGCUCAAAAGGCCAAAGAGGAGGAAGCAGCUGCAUUAGAGUUUGAGAAAUGGAAAGGGGAGUUUUCAGUUGAUGCUGAAGGAACAACAGAAAAUGAAGUGCAAGAUGGAAAUCAAGAUUUGCUAUCUGAGUUUGUGGAAUACAUAAAGAGACAAAAAUGCAUUCCCUUAGAAGAUCUUGCUGCAGAAUUCAAGCUAAGGACUCAGGAAUGUAUUAAUCGGAUAAGCUCCCUGGAAACUAUGGGGCGACUUUCUGGUGUCAUGGAUGAUAGAGGAAAAUAUAUAUACAUCUCACAGGAAGAGAUGAAAGCUGUUGCUGACUAUAUCAAGCGUCAAGGGAGGGUUAGCAUAUCACGUCUGGCCAGCAAGUCCAACCAGUUCAUAGAUUUGGAGCCUAAAGCACAGUUUGUCGAGGAAAUUAGCAAUAUGGAGGUCACUGCCACUUGACACGACUUCGCAUCAUCUAUAUCAGCAAAAAUUCACAUGGAGCAGGAUCAAAAGUAGAGAGAUGAAUAUUAGAUCACAUGUACAUUUAGAGAGAGAGAGAGAGAGAGAGAAGACGACCUUCAAGCUCUCCAUAUACAGGCAGAUAAUGCAGUGGGUUUGAUAUGAGAAUAUUUACAGGAUAGUUUUGAGAUGAAUUUGGUUCUUCCUAACAAAUUGUAUUCAUUCUGAUAAUACCUUUUGUUCA